AUGAAUGGUAAAAAAGGUUUUGGUGGCGAGCAUGGUAUCGAUGAACGUGCGAAGGAUAAAUCUGCAGUUGGGUUUGAUUAUAAACCAACAGUGGAAAAACAUUCAUCACAAACAGAUAGUUCGAAAGGUUUUGGUGGAAAAUAUGGUACUGAACAAAAUGCUCAAGAUAAAACAGCGGUUGGAUUUUCUCAUAAAGAAACAACACCAAAACAUUCGUCACAAACAGAUUAUACUGCUGGUUUUGGUGGAAAAUAUGGUGUUCAAAAAGAAGAAAAGACUAGUCCAUCCAUAUCUGCUACUACUCCUACACCAACACCACCACCUGCUGUAACAAAAGUUGUCGAAAAGCCUGCAGCACCUACAAGCACUAAAGCAGAUGUUGGUAAUAUUCGAGCAAGAUUUGAAAAUAUGAAAAAAGAUAAAGAAUUAGAAACAGCACAACGUGUUGCUGAAGAACGAAAAAAACGAACUGUUGUUGAACAACCACCACUACCUAAUAAUAAUAAUAAUCAAGAGAAAGUCAAACAACAGGAAACAGUACGAGAACCAUCUCCAGUUCGACCAAAAACGCCUACACCACCAGAAAUACCAAGUUCAAAAUCAAACGAAAUUGACAAUAGUAAUGUUGAAACUUCAAAUUCAAAUGAAAAUGAUAACAAUAAUAUUGAAACUGCACCAUCAACAACAACUGAAGAACCAGAUAAAGUUGUUGGUGGUAUUAAUGUAACAUCAUUAUUACGUCAACGAAAAAAUUCAUCUUCAUCAUCAAAGAAUGGUGAUGAUGAUGAUGAUGAAUGGGCUGCUGAUAAAGAUUAA